GACACACAUUUAGGCCCGAUCUAAACGCUGAGCAGCUCCACUCCUUCAUCCGCCUUCGUCCGCUCACCAUGCGUCCGUCCGCCAUCCGCUGCUUCUCGUCCGCCGCUGCGUCGCUCAAGAAGACGCCGCUCUAUGACCUGCAUGUGUCUCUAGGCGGCAAGAUGGUGCCGUUCGCUGGCUACUCGAUGCCUGUGCAGUACAAGGCCGGCGUGUUGCAGUCGCACCUGCACACGCGCGAGCAGGACAAGGCGUCGCUCUUCGACGUCUCGCACAUGGGCCAGCUGCGCAUCACGGGCAAGGACCGCUUGCAGUUCCUCGAGAGCGUCGUGGUGGGCGACCUACAGGCUCUGGGCAGCGGCGAGGCCAAGCUCAGUCUCAUCACCAACGAUCAGGGCGGGAUUAUCGACGACUGCGUGGUCUCCCGCUACGACGACCACCUGUAUGUGGUGGUGAACGCUGGUAACCAGGAUGUGGACCUGGUUCACAUGCACAAGCUGCUCGAGGGCUUCAAGGGCGACGCCGCCAUUGAGCGUAUCCAGGACCGCGCGCUCGUGGCACUGCAGGGCCCUGGCGCCGCGGACGUGGUGGAGACGCUAAACCCUAAUGUAAACCUAAAAGACCUUGAGUUCAUGCACGGCGUGUUCACACCCUUGAAGCUCAAGGACGGCAAGCAACUGGACGUCAUCCUCACCCGUUGUGGCUACACUGGUGAGGAUGGCUUCGAGAUCUCCGUGCUCAGUAAGGACGCCGAGACUUUUGCGCGUGCGCUGCUCGAUGACGAGCGCGUAUUGGAAGCCGGUCUUGGAGCUCGGGACAGUCUGCGUCUCGAGGCCGGUCUGUGUCUGCACGGUCACGAUAUUACGGACAAGAUCACGCCCAUUGAGGCCACACUCGCAUGGACUAUUGGCAAGCGUCGUCGCGAGGAGGGAGGCUUCCCUGGCCACGGUAUCAUUAUGGACCAAUUGAAGAACAAGACGGCCACUCAGAAGCGUGUGGGCUUUGUGGUGGACGGAGCGGCCGCGCGUGAGGGCGCGGAGCUCUUUGACGCCGACGACAACGUCGUGGGUCACGUGACCAGCGGUACCUUUAGUCCCUCUCUCAAGCAGGCUAUUGGUAUGGCUUACGUCAACAAGAGCUUGGGCAAGAUCGGCACGGAGCUGCACGUGAAGGCCCGUAAGAAAACGCAGAAGGCUGUCAUCACCAAGAUGCCCUUUGUGCCAGCCAACUACUACAAGAAGGAGUAAGCUACAGUAGCUUUGUUGUCUUGCCGCCGAGCUUCUUCCCUUGGCACUAUUCGAUAAGUCCCGAAGUAGACGCACGUUGGUGUAUACUUGCAAUGCACUGAUCUUUACACCAGUCAUGUUUCAAGAAUACGGCGGAAUUGAUUAAUUAUCGGGCUUUUCCCGUCACACGCACUAACUUUCCGCAUUAUACUGAAUCCUACAGCAUAAGCAGUACUUUCGGGUAUUACGUUUUUUGUUUUACCAAGUUAUAGAAGGAUGAACUUCAAGCUGA